GUCUCAGCUAUUCAAUCUUUGCAGAUCUGCGCUGUUAAAGCAAAUGGGAGAUUCAUGCAAAGACUGUAGGAACUGGAAAGAGGAAAUCUUUUGGACCCAUUUUCAGUCCAUUCAUUUCUCCCAAUUUCUCCAUGCUGAUUUUCUUCAGCGCUUGGAAAUACCGGAAAAGUUUGCCAAGAAUGUGAAGAAAAGGCUUCCAGAAAAUGUGACUCUUAAAGGUCCCAGUGGUGUCAUAUGGGAUGUAGGACUGACAGCAGCAGACGAUGAUACCUUGUUCUUCUGUGGCGGAUGGAAAACUUUUGUAAAAGACCAUUCGUUGAUCGAGAAUGACUUGUUGAUCUUCAAAUACAAUGGGGUGUCCCAUUUCGAUGUUCUGAUAUUUGAUGGCAAGAGCUUAUGUGAGAAAGCAUGUUCUUAUUUUGCGAGGAAGUGUAUGCACACGGAAUCCGACUGUGGACACCAAAUGAAAAGGAAAGCGAGUGAAAAUCCUGAUGAACUUGUUCACAAGUCUUCUCGGUGUGGCCUUGAAAGCAGUCCGGAAAAAUCCACCAACAAUGACACCGACGCCAGGCCAUCCAGGAAUGCUAUUCAGUACGCGGCUACUAAUAAGAAGAAGAAGAUCGAGAAUUUGGAUUCCGGUGCUCGGUCCAUCACACCAAAGAGGAGCCUUGCAAGCAAAAAACUAUCCACUUUUCCUGUAGGAGUGAAGGUUGAAAGACAAGAAACUGAUGAUUCAGAGUAUGAACAUACAACAUCAGAUGGCGAUGUCUUCGUCUCGUUGUGGCAUGCAACGGGUAAAAGGGUUGCGACCCGAGCUGAGAAAAUGAAUGCUCUCUUAAAGGCACAAGAAGUUGUAACCGAUGAAGGUUUUAUGGUAGUUAUGAAGCCCACACAUGUUGACAGAAAGUUUUAUAUGUCUAUCCCCAUUGCAUGGGUGGUUAAACAUCUCUUUAAAACAAAGACAGAUGUGAUUCUUCGUAUGGAUCAGCGUACAUGGAGGACCCGAUUUUAUUAUCACCGAACUCGCAAAAGCGGAGGGCUUUCAGGUGGAUGGAGGAAGUUUGUGAACGACAACAACAUAGAAGAACAUGAUGUGUGUAUUUGAGCCUGCAAAUAUAGGAAGUAAACCAAU